UUCUUCUUUUUUUUUUUUUCUUGUCUUAUUCAUGUAUGUACUGUAUGCCGAACCGACACGCCCAACACGCCGCCUGAACAGAGGAGUGAGCGGAGCGUCAAGCGGAUCUCCGGGUGCUUGUGGUGCACAUGGGAGACGUCUCCCAGUCUCUGGUGGACGUUUAAGUAAAGGUUAUGGCGCCCGGCUGAAGGAGGCGUUCCGCUCCGUCACUGCGCGGCGCUGUCCGUGGUGCUGAAGCGCACAGGGAGCCCCGGGGGAGAGCUCGGCCUGAAGGGCGAUUAAAACUCUACGAGUGUGCCUCUCUGCCACAUGUGCAGCGAUUCAUAUCUCCAUUAACGAGGCAGAGCGUGGAGUUAUUGUAAUUUGGCACUUAUUUGAGGUGUGAAACAUACCAAACGACACUCUGUCAGCAGCCCUUUGUUUGUGAAUCCCACUUACUGUCUUGAAAUAAUAAAAAAAAGUAAAGUAAAUGUCCCAAAACUGAAGCGUGCGGAAAUAAGAAUCUUACCAUCUCAUUACAGAAAGACCCCGGCUGCUCAUUCCGCUCCAAGCAGGGGCUUGGUGGUCGAGAGGGAGGGAGCUGGGGGGGAGGGCAUCCUCUUCACUCAGGCGUGUUCUAACGAGCGGUUAGGACUUGUUGAUGGGGAGGAUUUGUUGAUCUGGGGUAUAUAGACCAAAGCGAGCGACCACCGCUUCCUCCCAUUUUUUUCUCGCUCCCUCUCUUUCUCUCUCUCUGAGUGUGGGAAAAUAAACGACGCCGUAAAUCGGCGGCGUUAUUCCCUUUACGCACUGAUCGCCAUACGCGCAUCUCCAACGCCGUGGUGGCUCCGUAUAGAGAAAUGUACAGUCUGCUGAUCGGGUUGUCAACUUAAUGUAUCUGUAUGCAGCUUGUCUCACAAUGCAGACGUCACCUCGACGGGAUCCAGAGCAGCUUUGGUUGUGUUUGUUCUGUUACGCGCAGCCGCCUGUGUUGUGAUCGUGGAAUACAGUGAAGAACAGAUGUUUAUUUUUUAUUGCGAAACCUUUGCCGGCAGACCGGCAGGUAGUCGGAAUACAAGUUUGCUUUAAUUCAGCCCGCUGCACAUUUUUUCCCCCCAACUCUGCCACGGGUGCGUAUUUCUCCAAACGUGUGACUGUUGAUCGGUCACCGCAGCGUCGCCGUCGCGGAUCUGGUUCUCGCAAACUUGGGAGUUGGUUCCAUCCCGGGCGCUGCUGCUGCUGCUGCUGCUCUGCCUUCACUCGAGUGCGGAUCUUCGUUGGAGGCGCCUUGCGUUCGCCUGAUUGCUGGCGGCGCACAUGCACAGGCUUCCCCGCCGACUUCUGAUCAGAGCAGCCUCCUCGUCUGGCAGGCUGAAGGAGGGGAGAGCGGAGGGCGAGAGGAGGAAAAAGAGUGGGUGCAUGUUGCUGUGAGGACGGCGCUGCAGCCGGUAUUGGACAUUUAAAGGAAGGCGAUGCCACUGAACAUGACAGAGACAAUGAGCAAAAACACCACUGUGCAGGUAUGAAUAAUCCUCUGACAUCUCGGUCCGCGUGAGUUUGGCUGUAGCUCUUCAUCAAGACUAUGGUUAUUGAUGCAUGUAUGGAAUUACGCAUGAACUGAGCUCAUUUUUUUCCCCCAUCAUGUCCAAGAAUUUUUCGAGUGACGAUGACAGCUGUAUAAAUACCGGAAUUAUCAUGUAGUAUUUGGACUAACAAAGAAAACCUGCUUCUUAAAAACAAAAAAAAUAAUAAUAUUUGACAUUUGACACCACGGAACGGACCGCUUAGCCGCCACCAUGGGACUGUGACCCGGGCUGCGAGCUCCGAGAGGCGGCUGUUUGUGUAGUCUGUGCUCCGUGCGCAGACUGGACCCGAGCAGUUGUGACAUUUUGAGCCAUGGCUGCUGCAAUCGCGAGUGGGCUGAUCAGGCAGAAGAGACAGGCACGGGAGCAGCAUUUAGACCGACCCUCGACCAACCGACGGAGGAAGAGCCCCAACAAGAACAAGGGGCUCUGCAAUGGGAACCUGGUCGACAUCUUCUCUAAAGUGCGCAUCUUCGGCCUCAGGAAGCGGAGACUACGGAGACAAGAUCCCCAGCUCAAGGGUAUAGUGACCAGGUUAUAUUGCAGGCAGGGAUACUACUUGCAAAUGAACCCCGAUGGCUCUCUUGAUGGGACCAAGGAUGACAGCAGUAAUUCCUCUUUGUUCAACCUUAUUCCUGUGGGCCUCAGAGUUGUCGCCAUUCAGUCCGUGAAGACAGGGUUAUACAUCGCCAUGAACGGGGAGGGCCAUCUGUACACAUCAGAACUCUUUACAGCGGAGUGCAAGUUCAAAGAGUCGGUGUUUGAGAACUACUAUGUGAUCUACUCGUCCAUGUUGUACAGACAACAGGAGUCGGGGAGAGCUUGGUUCCUAGGGCUCAAUAAAGAGGGCCAAGCCAUGAAGGGGAACCGAGUGAAAAAAACAAAACCAGCUGCUCACUUCCUGCCCAAGCCAUUAGAAGUCGCCAUGUACAGAGAGCCAUCGUUGCAUGAUGUUGGAGAGACGGUGCCCAAGGCGGCGGUACCUCCCAGUAAAAGCACAAGUGAGCCGGCAGUAAUGAACGGAGGCAAACCCGUCAGCAAGCCCGACAAGCCCGCCACAUAGCCACACCUGACCAGUUGCUCGGUGUGUGUGUGUGCCUGUGUGUGUGUGUGAGGAGGGGGGAGGGAACGUGACGGAGGCAGGGCUUUUUUUCCCCCCUCGACUAGACUCCAGACCCUCUUUCUUCUGUGGAUCCGACCCAGGCAAACCUCUCUCCCUCCCUUCCUUUUUUCUUCUCUUGCUCCUCCUUCCUCUUCCUCUGCCCCCUCCCCCUUUCUCCAGCUGUCCACACUCGGGCAGACGGAUUUUGAGGCGGCUGAGUUUCUCCAGCUCAGGAGGGAAGAGGACCUCUGAUCAUGGAAUGCCUUCAGAUUCCUCUGAAACUGUGAGAAUUCAUGUGAAUAACGCGUGUUUCACAGCCACGCCUGUGGUACUUUGCUUGCUGACGGUUCAUUCAAGAAACCCCCCCCUCCCUCUCUAUAAUGCCCUGUUGCAGCAGAGUCUGUGUACCUUCAGAUCUAUUUUCUAUACCACAGUUCACCAGCUAUGUUCUGGGAUAGAGACUGUAUAGAUAGAGUAAAUAUUUGGACUGUCGUCCUCUAUUUUUUACGAGUAUGUUCCCCUCUCCCUCUCUUUCUAUCUCUAGUCACACACUUUUCUCUUUGUCAAGUAACCUAGAAAAGAUAAAAACAUUUUGCAAGGGAGUCGUGUGCUUUUCUAAGAAACACAUUCACACAGAUGUGGCAUAAAACACAUAUUUAGAAAAUAAAAAUAGAACACAAUCCAAAUUUUCUUCUUGCCUACAACAUGCACACACUCACACUUACAGACGAACAAAGUUUGUGAGAGAGGAGGAGGAAAAAAAAUAAAAAAUCGGAGAUGUUGCUUUUUGUGGCUGAUAAAAACACACUGGAGGCUGGCAGAUAGCUCCUGCAAUCAUAGUUGAUGAAGUGCUAAUUACCGCCACUGCAAUCAAUGCGAGGAGCUCCCUACACACAUACAGAUACAUACACACACAUUUAUAAACAGAUGUGUGUGUGGGUGGGAGAGCACUGUAAGGAAUGGUGUAUACAUAUCACUAUCUAAGUCCCACCAGCGGUUCAGUCCGCCUUCUCUGGUAAAUGGAAAAAAAACCUGAAGUCUAUUUUUCUUUAAUCUUAUUUCAGAGCGUGGGCUCUAGGAAUAUCUCUAGGCCUUGUAGGCCUCUGUCCCUCACUCACUGACUUCUUUGGACUACGAGGCAAGGCUUGUGGCUUUGACCCAGAUGGUCUAUAACUGCAGCACUGGCAGCCAUCUUAUGGCAGCGUCUACUUAAAGCCAGAAGACAACAUGGCUGAAAAAAAACCAGUAGGCGACAUUUAUACUGGCUGCAUCCCUAUUUGGUUCAGCAAACUAAAGCAUGGGCAAGGUUAAUAUUGUGUUCUCUCUUCUUGCGGCAGUUAUACAAGAGAUGGCUUGUAUUGUAACAUUUUCACUGUAUAAAACUUAGGGAAAAUGACUAUUAAAAAUCAUAACUUUUUAAAUGACUAGAUAUUAUUAUUAUUAUUAUUAUUAUUAUUAUUAUUAUUAUUAUUAUUAUUAUUAUUAUUACAAGAGGAUCUGUCUCCUAGCUCAGCAUGCAGAGUCCAGUACUGAUCAUCUUGGCCUAUCACGUGCCUGUUUGGACCUUGAUUCCCGGCAUGCAAAAACAGGUUCCCAGUCCCCACUGGGCCAAAGGUGCCUCACCCACCCGAUACAUCCAUGUAGAGGACGCGUAGCAUUAAUCCAUCGAAAAAGAACCACACUCAGAUGUACUCAUUCUGAAAUGACCAAAGUCUUUUUUCAUCCCAAGAAGAACUGAUUCUUUAGGAAAAAAAAAAAGAAAGAAAACAAAUCCUGAUUCUCUGAUUCUGAUUCAUCGAAGCUUUCACUGUGAUAGCAUUUGUUCUGUCGGAAAGGAAUCAGCUCCGCUCAGACCCCCCCGCCCCGAAGGUCUUGACUGAUGUCAUUUUUUGGAGAAGUACUUAUACCUUGAAUUAAUCACGUGCAUGUCUUUUCUAUAAGGAACAAGGUAUGGGUACCAUUCUUCACUCCGUGUAAGCUGAAGAGCACUGACGUUCGGUGUGGGAGUUAAAUGGGCAUGUUGUAGGCUACAGCACACUCACAGCUAAUCCGAAAGGUAAACCGCUGCACUUUCCCAUUCUGCAUUCUCAUCACGACUGUUAGCCAUUUUUUAUUUAUUUAUUUAUUUAUUUUUUAUCAAAGCUCAACCUGAUCGAUCAAUUUUUAAUGUCUGUCUUGCCUCAAUGAUUUCUUUUCCUAAUAGUUUUGUUAGGUAAGAUUUAGUGUGUUAAGUAGACCGUUGCCACCAUGUGCUGCUAAGACCGCAACUAUAUUGAGAAAUUGAUAUGGUAACUACGACCUGUGGUUUGUUGGGAUUACACAUGGCCAUUUCUUAUUACGGCACAUCGAAGCACAUUAGUUAAGAGUUCAAUCUUCGUCCGUACAAAGCUGUUGAUGCUGUAACAAAAAUGGUGUACUACACCCAAACACACGCGCGGGAGCUGGAAACCACUUGCGGUUGUAUCCGAGGCCGGUGUGCUGUCCUCAUUACAGCCCGUCAUCCUUCGACCCUUACAAACUCUACAUGCUGGGCUGGCUGCUGCUCCAGCCCCGCAGACCAGUGAACUGGCUCCUCCGAGGCUGACUUUAUUUUUGUAAAUGACCAGUGUGUAAAUGUACAUCUCUGUUUGGAUCUCUGUAGCCACCUUUAUUUCUUCUGUCCUAUACUUUUUUUUUUUUCUCUCGUAUACGGGUCGCGUGCGAUGUCAUCUCCUGAUCCCAGUCACUCUUAUGCUUUGUCCCCCCCCCCCUCAGAAUAUUCUAGCAAACAAGAGUUCCUUUGUCGCUUCUGUUUUUCUUCUCAACCUUAUUUUGUACGUUGUCCCAUCUGUUGCAUGGGGAGAGGAUGGCAUUGAUGAACUGCAUGUAGUAGGCUAUGUCUAUCAAGAACUGUUGGUAUGUACCGCUAAUUUUACAUACAUAUAUGCAACGAGUUUGUCUACACUAUACAGUUUGUGUUUGUUGUAUACACAUAUACAACAUAUUGAAUAAAAAUAUUUAUAUAAAGGUGUACUGUAAUGUCAGUAACAUACUUAAUGCAAUAUAGUGUGCAGUAUAUUAUUGCACCUGUCAUUUUUUUGAUGGGACAAUGAAAACAGAGGGGUUGGCUAGUUUAAGCAUGAAAAAGGCCAAAGUAGAAUUUACAUUAAAUUUUCUUUGUGACUUCUUAUCGGUCCUCUUUUUGAGUGGUGACGGAGCUCUUGUGUCAAUGCAGCUCUCAUCCCCCGAUGCCACCUUUUGAAGUGACAUGGACAUCCAGCAUGCCACAACUGAACUAUGUAUGCCCUUCUCUUUGUUUCCCUCCACUUAGAAUUUAACCUUAUCACUAGUAUGAGUUGAGUGAGAAAUGGCCAUCACGUACCUCCAGUAGUACAGUGUGGGUUUCAUGGCCGAUUGUUUGGUUUGAUUUCCCCACCCGGCGGAGAAGAAUAGGCACUAUUAAAAUGAUUUAUUUUCAAAAAAUAUAUAUAUAUACCAUUGCAAGUAUGCCCAUUGGAGUUAUGUCAUGUUAUAACAAAUUUGUAACCAUGUAUGAUUAAGGUCUUCGCAUUGUUUUCCAUGCAAACUGUUGUGUCAUGCGGCACAUUUAAUGUUUUAUUAUGAAAAAGAAAUAAAAACCUCAAACAGUAA